AUGGUCGUUGAUUUGGACAAGUAUCUUAAACCAGGAAAAGACCAUUACUUGGCUCUUGGAUUGGAAGGGUCGGCAAACAAACUUGGUGUGGGAGUAAUCAAACACAACAAGGGCCCAUUAUCAUCAACAAACCGUGCAGAAGUAUUAUCAAACAUCAGAGAUACUUAUAUAACCCCACCAGGGGAAGGGUUUCUACCACGAGAUACAGCAAGACACCAUAGAAACUGGGUGGUAAGAAUCAUCAAGCAGGCAUUAGCCACAGCAAAAAUUGCAGGAAAAGAUAUAGAUGUAAUUUGUUUUACUCAAGGUCCAGGAAUGGGUGCACCACUACAGAGUGUAGUCAUUGCAGCAAGGACUUUGGCACAGUUAUGGAAUAUCCCAAUUGUCGGUGUUAAUCAUUGUGUUGGUCACAUUGAAAUGGGCAGAGAAAUCACUGGUGCAGAAAACCCUGUGGUGUUAUACGUUAGUGGAGGGAACACACAAGUCAUUGCGUACUCGAAACAAAGGUAUCGUAUAUUCGGUGAAACUCUUGACAUAGCAAUUGGAAAUUGUUUGGAUAGGUUUGCACGUACAUUAAAAAUCCCUAACGAGCCAGCACCUGGUUAUAACAUAGAACAAAUGGCCAAGAAGGGGAAACAUUUGGUUCCCUUGCCAUACACAGUCAAAGGGAUGGAUUUAUCCAUGUCAGGUAUAUUGGCAGCCAUAGAUAGCAUAGCCAAAGAAAUGUUUGGCAAACAACAAAAAAAGCUCAUUGAUGAAGAGUCUGGCGAGCCUAUAACCGCAGAGGAUUUAUGUUUUUCUUUACAGGAGACUUUAUUUAGUAUGUUGGUGGAGAUUACUGAACGAGCUUUAGCCCAUGUUGAUAGUAACCAAGUUUUAAUUGUUGGAGGUGUAGGGUCCAACCAGAGAUUACAAGAAAUGAUGAAGCUAAUGAUCCAGGAUCGUAAAAACGGACAAAUAUAUGCCACUGACGAACGUUUUUGCAUCGACAAUGGUAUUAUGAUUGCACAUGCCGGUUUGUUGAGCUAUAGAACUGGUCAAACUAACCAAUUGAACAACACCGUUUGUACCCAAAGGUUUAGAACAGAUGAAGUGUUUGUUAAAUGGAGAGACGAUUAA